CGUCCGGAUUUCUGUCCUACCUGUUUCUGUGAGAGCGGGAAUGGCGGCUCCUGGUCCUGUGAGUCAAGAGGCGCCUUUUGAUCCGUCUAAGGCCCCAGUUAUCGAGGGUUUCAGCCCUCGAUACACAAAUCCAGAAGGCUUCAAGGAAAAGUUUAUUCGCAAGACCCGUGAGAACCCAAUGGUGCCUAUAGGCUGUCUGGGUACGGCUGCUGCCCUCACCUAUGGCCUUUACUGCUUCCACCGCGGCCAGAGCCACCGAUCCCAACUAAUGAUGCGCACCCGGAUUGCUGCUCAGGGUUUCACGGUCGUAGCCAUCUUGUUGGGGUUAGCGGCAUCCGCUAUGAAGUCUCGACCCUGAGUGUAUGGCCGGGUCUUGAAAACCCAGGAACAACAAACAGCCCUGUCAGACUUGCACUCUCCGUUUCUGACAGGACUUUAUUGUAAUUUGGGUGGGGAAGUGGUCGAUUUUGUGACUGAUUUGCGCCUCCACUCCUACCCCCACUCCCCCGAAAUCCCAGGUUCGUUUCAGUUGGGUUACAUGCGUCUAUUUGUGAUGCGUUCCCCUUAAUUACGUAAUAAAACCAUAUUACACUUGUA